GUUCUGAUGAUCUUCAUUGCAUUACGAACUUUGAUAUAUUUCUAUGACAAGAUUUACGUUCUAUUUUGAUCGUAGCGUUCUAUGCCGCUGAAUAUACUGUAGUAGGCUGAUCCCUAGUUAUAGCAAGUUGCAGGUCUCGCAGGAACAGGAUCGUGGAAUCUUGGCAUUCUCUGGCUAAUGAAUAUCUUGAGAUUGUCUCCUUUGACAGGACAUGCCAAAGGAUACUCAGCAGGGCUAAAUAUAGAGCUCUAUUACCAUAAGGUGUGGCCUGCCACUGAGAACAAAAGGACUGGAUUGUGGAGCGUCGUGUGGCACAGUGGUCAUUCCGCAUAUAAAGAGGAUGCUGCGCCGCCAUACCACUCGUUCCCCGUGGUCCCCCCAAUCACUCCUUACGCGAAAUGUACAGUUCUGUUGAUCUGGAAAAGGAAUCCAAUUGUCUACAAUGUUCGUCCAACUAUGUGUGGACUUGACCAUUGUACUGUCAUGCUCGACCCUCAAAACAGACGUGAAGUGAAGGCGCACGUAAUGGAACACACGAAGACAUUGAAGGCUUGGUACAUGGAUGGCCUGGGCGAGAAUCUCUAUCGAUGCAACUGGCGACACGGUAUUCGGCCGUACGCAAUAGGAGGAUGUUGUAACAAUCAGCCAUCGUACCCAUUGGAGAAUCUCUUCCGGCACAUCACGAUACUUCAUCUACCGUUGGCUCGGAAAUAUACAUGUCCACUCUGCGCGUUCACCUCGGAAUUCAGGAAGGACUGCAAAGAUCACCUGAUCGACCGCCAUGGCGCCACUCGCUUCAAAAAGCUUCGGAAUGAUCCCAAUAAACCACGUUAUGCAUCUGAAUCGUCUGUAACGCCAGGGCCUGAAUAACUUGCUGAGAACGAAGAUGUGACUUUGGGUGAUUUCUGACAGACCACUGUUGAGAGCCGUUCUGCUGUCAUGCAUGCGUACUAUUCUGCAAUAUUCUCUUCAAUUUUUGGGGUCGUUCAGGUGACCCAUGUGAUAUGUUCAGAUUGUCUCGGGAUGUGUCCACUGAGCUCCACUCAUUGGACUCUACUUUUUUUGAUUAUGUACAUAUCCUGGAAAUUUGGAAUAAAUCGAAUUUAAAGAC